AACCUGCAGUCGCUCUUGACACAGCCUCGUUUUAAAAUGAUUUCCCUUACAACCACGCUCUUGUAUGAAGAUGGAAAAUUUUACCGAAAGUAAUUCAGGUGAAGAAAGUGCAACAUUAUCUCUUUGGAUUAUAAUUUCGUAUUAUUGCUUCGUGCUUAUUGGUUUAAUACUAAAUGUGUGUAUUUCGAUUUGUUUGAUACAACGAAAGGAACGAGGCAUCUUUUCUCUAAUUUUACAUUUAACUAUUGUGGAUUGUUUGUCUACAUUUGUUGCCGUUAUUGAAAUAUGGAUUAUAAACAACCACUCUUGGGUGUUACCGUCAAAGCUUUGUCGAUUUUUUUCCGGUAGCGAAGUGUUGAUCAAUACCUUUGUCUUGUACGAAACAAUUUGCAUAAACUUUCACAUUACGUCGACAUUGAACUUGUAUUUGCAAGAAAUUCGGAACGACGGUAAAAGUCCCAUUUCUCUCAGUGAAGAAGAGGAUUCUGAUCAAUUUCUGGUUUCUCACGAGGAAGAGCAUUACAACCGUAACGUCGUGAUUGACUAUAGACGAAAAAAAACCGACAUAGCUAUACUGGUUCCUUUAUUUUUAGUUUGGUUUGUGGGUUUAUCGGUAAGCAUACCACAGCUCACACUGUCAACGCCGGUAACUGUUGAAAAUAGCGUUGUGCUUUGUACAAUAUUUGAUACAUUUCACAAAAGAUUAUUACAAAAUUUGUCAGUGGCCUUUAGAAUCAUAAUUCCACUGCCACUAUUGUUCUUAUCUCUCGUAAUUUUGAUAACUAGAUCGUAUCAAAGCAUGCACCUAAAAAAUGUUGGCCAAAAUUUGCUAGCGCGCAAAACGAAAAAAGUGCAGUCUAUGCUAGUUUUGGGAACAGUUUUGACCAUACUGUAUGUUACAGUUUCCCUCCAAAGACAGAUUCUUGCUAUAUUACAUUUCAUAGCACAAGAAAUUAACGCUGCUGGCUCUCUUAGUAAUUUUAAGAUACCGCCGUUGCAAAAUGUGACGUGUUCAAAUUUGACAAAUUUACUAUCCGCAAUGGCUCAUUACGCUUGCAGCACGUUGCGUCCAAUUAUUUAUAUACUUGUCCUUCCGGAAUUAAGAUACAUGUUUAGAUUUAGUGAAAAAUUAAAAUGUUAUAAAAAAUAAACACUUAGGUAUUUUGCAUACCCAAUAACCUACCCCUAAGACCACUUUUGUACUUAUUU